ACCGGUUGAUCGCACAAAACAACUAAUUCAUAAACAACUGUAUUAGCGAAGUGAACAUAGCCCAUUAGUGUAUCCUCAGACAUCAGACUGAAAAUUGAAAUGAUGCGCUACUGCGGUUAUUGGUUUGCAGCUCAUUUAAUAUUAGUUAAUGGGAUUUUUGCAGCAUCCAACAUCUCCCGAACAACAGGAAAUCAAAAUAUUCCUUCAAGAUCUAUAUGUGGAUUUCAGGAAAUUGAUACAGCCACUGUUGAAGAUGAAGUUGGCUUAGCAGAGUCUCCGUGGACAGCACUGUUACAGUACACUUUGUCUUCUGGAAAGAUCAGAUUUUUAUGCUCUGGAUCUCUGAUAUCACCACGUUACGUUCUGACUGCUGCUCAUUGUGCCAAUCCACAUUCAGGAAAACUGACUGGUGUACGCUUUGGGGAAUACAGUACAAAAACAGAAAUUGACUGUCUAACGCCAAACAACUGCAAUGAGCGUCCAGUGGAUAUUGAAGUUGAAGAAAUUAUUUUUCACGAAAACUACAGUAUAACUGAUAGAAAUCAUUAUAAUGACAUAGCCCUCAUCCGAUUGAAGAAGGAUGUUCCAUAUUCAAGAUUCAUCAGACCUAUAUGUUUACCAGCAUCUGAUGAAUCUUCAACCACUGGUGACCUUUUAACUUUGACGAAAUGGGAGCGAGAUGGGGAGAAAAGUGAGGUGAUUAUCAAGAAAAAGGUGAAGCUGCCGGUAGUAUCUACGGAACAAUGUGAAUCGAAAUAUUCGAAGAUGAUCACUUUUGCAGACUCACAGUUCUGUGCUGGAGGUCAACACAAAAGAGAUGCUUGUCAAGGUGAUGGUGGUGGACCGCUUCUCAAAGAAACAAAGACAGAUCCCACGCAAUGGUACCAGGAAGGAAUAGUUUCUUUUGGUGCCAAUCCAUGCGGCCUAGAAGAUUAUCCUAGCAUUUACACCAAGGUUGUAAAUUAUCUCCCAUGGAUAUAUAGUCACGUUAGAGAUUGAUUUUAAAAGUCUUUGAAAUGUGCAAAUUUGUGUAAAAAUAUCUAUUCACUUAUUUUAACUGGAUCUUCCUUGUCCAAUAAAAUACCUUUAUGUGAAGCAUGAUAUUGAAAAGAGCAAAACAAAAUCAACCAACCCUA